AUGCAUCUCCGCCCGUACAACCCAUCUGAUAUUUCGUCAAUGGCAACAAUCGAAGCUCUGUGUAAUCUCACAGACCCAUUAGAACGGUUCCGGAGUCAAAAAAUUGAGUCCAAUUGGGAUUUAUAUCGAAGCUCAUUAUUGAGAUAUUUGCAAAUGCUGCUAUUAAUGCCCGGCGUUGUGUGCUGGGUCAUCGAGGGAGAUUUAGGCGAUGAAGUAUUGGGCGUAAAAUCUCUGGAGAGUCGUGAUGUCAAUGGCGAGGUUAUUGGCUGGGCGAUAUGGGGACGUGAUGGAGUUGGCCCUGUGGCACGAAAUUGGCAAAUGUCAGGAGAGAGUUGCUGGAACAAAUUCAAUCUCGCACUACAAUCAGCAUCUAUACAUUAUUUCUCCAUUUGGGACCCAACGAUUAACCAUUCAAAUGUGGCAAAGAUCCAACCUAUCAUAUCUACUACGUGUGAAGAGGCCAGUUUCACAGAAUGCUGGCAUCUACAUGGCUUGUACAUCUUGCCUACUUGCCAGCGGCGGGGACUGGGUUCCCUGGCCGUAAAAUGGGGUAUAACGCAAUCCGCUGCUGAGAAAGUGCCGAUAGUCGUCAACUCAAGUUCUGCGGGAGUACCCCUCUAUGAGAAACUUGGGUUUAAGCGGGCGAUGAAGCAGGAAUUUGAUCAAUUCUUUGAGACCGGGGGAGAGGGUAUGUGGACGAUGGUUUGGGACCCGAAGGAUCAAAACGCUGUGUGA